AUGAUGGUGCGCCCCGCGUUUGCAGAAGUGUUAGUGGCCUCUGUGCGUGAUGCACUUGCCAAGUUGCAAGACGUUAAGAGUGAGGAAGGCGAUGCAGUGCAGAAUACUAAGAAACGCCCGCGUGCGACCAGAGACGUCGCCAUCUCGGCGUCGUCAUCCACCGCCAUAGUGCCACUGCGGUACCCUGUUGGUAGGAGCACGCUGCAGGUGACAGGUGUGCACGUUUCCAUGCAGGAGACGGAGCAGGCGGAGGCUCACACAGGCAACGUUGGAGACUUUGUUGUCUUGCUUCGUGCGCACGUCAAAGGGAGGCUUGACCACGCUGCACGCGUCUUUACGGUAGCGGCGAUGAAGUUUGCCGCUGACCCAAGCAUGGGGCGGACCACCAUGGCUGAAGGCGGGGCACGUGAGGAUGCACGCCAUGCGGGGAGGCCGGCAGCUGUGACAACCCCAUCACCCUCACCGGGGAAGCCACAUCGGUUGGCACGCACCGCCUUCGCCCAACUUGAUCUCCGGCUGCAGUCGGAGAAGGUGGGCUUCUCCGUGCAGGUGCUCCCAGCGGGGCCCAGGCGCGCGCCGCCGCCAUUGUCGACGAGGUCUUUGCUGCCCCGAGGCGGCAGUAGCGCUAGUGGUGGCUCGCUGAGGGUGAUGGUCGUCGGUGUGGUCUCCCCGUUGCUGCCGUGA